CCUCCCCAGUAUACUGGGGAGACUAUUAAAGAGAUUAUAGGUAUAAGAAAUAGGUCCAGUAUAGAAAAAGCUAAACAGCCAAAUAGUAAUACUAGCGUCAAGCUAAGCAUACUAGGUACUUCUACUUCGCUAGAUAUUAUAACUAGUUUAACUUCCUAUAUCCAGACAGAUAGUAAUUCUGAAAUUAGUAAUCCUGCUCCUAUAUAUAAUAAAACUACUGAUCCCCUGAUAAACUUUUCUAUUAAGAAUAAUAAUACAGAGGUAAGGAAUAAGUAUAUUAGUAUAAGUCUGUCCGUAGAGGAUCCUCCUAUCCCUCUAGUAAAGAAGUUAAAGAUAUAUCGAUGGAAAGGAGAUAAGAGAACUAGGAGCCAGACUACUCAGCUCGCACAGGAAGCUGGAGUUUCUAAUAAGGCUACAAAGAGUUAUAGACAAGGAAAGAAGAGUAAUAACAAGGACUCUACAAAACGCCCCCGUAGCCGCCCCCGAAAGUCAUGA